AUGGCAGACGAGCUUUAUCGUCAGGAUCAUCCUCAGCGCAACCUUCCCGAGGAUCACUCAGCUCGCCCUUACCCCCCCCCCACAGCAGACGACCAGCACCGCUCAGCGUCGGAAUCAUCAAAAGUCAGCAGCAUGGCUACCUCUGUCACUCUUCCUUCCAUCCACGAUGCCCGAGCUGGCGGCUACGCGCCCCAUGCGAAUCCCACCGGUGGUCGCACUUUCGGACAUCACCACCCUCGUUUUGCUUCUCCCAACCCCACGAAUGGGUUUCCGCCACCACCUGGCGGGCAACAACCUCCGUCAGCCUACCUACCACCAAUGCAGUCGCCGUCAGAUCCGCGAGGUGCCGUGUACCCUGCCCAGGACCACCGAGGCUCCUACUUUGAGGACCGAAGAGCCCCCCCGGCUCUCCAGGAGGCUGGGUAUGGCCAGGACACUUUCUUCUAUCGAGGACCUUCUGGCGGACAGCCUACCAAUGGCUUUACACGACCCCAUGCUGGCGCGUACGCGUCCGAGUACGCUCAAACAGGAAACGCGCCAUCUGCACUGUCCCAAGCUGCUCCCCGGCAGCGUACUUCCAUCGCCUGCAGAUAUUGCAGGAAGCGCAAGAUUCGAUGCAGUGGGUACCAGAGUGCCCCUGGAGGCAAAUGCCAAAAUUGCGCUCGCAUGAAUCAAGAAUGCAUCUUUCAACCUGUCUCUUCUUCGAGUUCAACGGCCUUUAUUCCCGUCUCCGCAGUUCCUGGUGGCGUACCCCCCGGCACGCAACUUUUCGGAGCUUACGGUCAGCCUUUGGCACCCAACUCUGUUCAAGCUUCCCAUCACUAUUCACAAGGAGCCGGUCCUCCACCUCCCAUCUCAGCAGCCGGUCCAAACUACUAUCAGCCGAUGCAGUCUCCGACCGAGCCGUACUCUCCUUAUGCAGGAGAGGCUAGAGCAGCAGAUGAUCAGGUAGCAGGAAGACGCCGCCGCCGAACGCCCGAAGAGCAGGAGGAGGGUUACCGCCUCCCUCCUCCACGAAACGCCAUGCCGGAUGAUGAUCCGCGCCGGAGAUCCCCUGCAGAGGCUUCCAACAACGGUAGUCCGGCCACGGUUACGCAUCACCUUCCUUUCCACGGCGCUGGUUCGAGACACAGCCCACGAAAUUCAUCCUUGGUCCAGCUACCCACAACGAGCGCGAGUCAGGUCCCAGCAGCAGUGGGGGGCCGGUCCCCCAUGGGGCAGAACGGUUCCAGCGGGACCUCGACCCCGUCCCAAGUCCAGAGACCCGGUCCAGGGGGGACAUCGGUGAUGAGCUUGAGCAAUCUUGUUGACAAGUCGGACAUAGACAAGGGCAUGAUUGAUCGACUCAACAGACCUAGAGACGUCAAGGGAUCGCCUCCGAGGGGUUCACGUUGA